AUGCUAGAUAUCCAACUCUCUGUGAUGACUGGCCGUCCACCCCACUGCAGCAGCGACUUCUGUACUACACCCCACCCGGUGCCAUUUCAGGAGGAAGAAUUUCUAGAUGAUAACGUCGCUCAAAUUAUCAUGGAUAAUGAGAGCCGUAACAUCUUCAUGGAGGCGCUAUCCUCAAGGAACUCGACAAAAUCUACCAGCGAAGUAACAUCCUCCGAAGGCUUUGGGCCCCCAAUGUCGCACCAUGGUAAACAAUAUGGGCAAGCUGCCUACAAUGCUGUGGACUCGCUCACGCCGAAUACCUCGCUAUAUUUUCUUUGUCUCGUUGACCUAGGAUUGAUCAUGCGAGAGUCUAUUGACACAUUAUAUGCCCCAGGAGCUGCUCGAAAGUCCUGGCGUGAGCGGGCCAAAUGCUUGACCUCUUACCCGAUUCGCCGGAACCUUCAUGGGUCUACCAUGUCUCACCUUGGUGGACGGCUUGGGAAAAAUUUUGCAAGGUGUCGCGCUGGCUAG